UCGUGCACUCGCCGAAUGUACACAAAGAAAGGCAGCGCGACCUCGUGUUCCCUGCGUCGUUGGACCCACGCGCUUAUCUCUCACUUGGAAUGUUAGGUGUCCCAGGAAUUCUCUAUUACUGCGUAGGUGGUUCGGCAGUCAUGUUACUGGCAUUUGAGGUUAAACUGUCAAAGCCUUGAAAGUCCAUAUAUCGUGAAAUUUCAAGGAAACAUAUUGAUUCACACGUCAAUUACAAAGUUUCCAAAGCCAAGCUCUGAAAGACAGCGACAAGUUGUGGCGCUAGGUGAUGACAAGUGAACAGAGUCAUGAUGCAGAUGAAGCACCAAGUGCUCGUGCCAGUCAGUCAUCCUUACAUGCCGAACCUACCAGCAGUCCAUGGACAAACCAGCGUUACCAUACACUAUCUGAGAUUGGUGUUGGUGCUUAUGGUGUUGUGUUUAAGGCACAAGACAUGCAGAGUGAUGAUGAGAAUAAGUUUGUGGCAAUAAAAUGUGUUCGAGUGGAAAAUUCUGAGCAAGGUAUGCCUUUGAGUACGGUCCGUGAAAUAGCUUUACUGAGGCAGCUUGAGUCUUGUGAACACCCUAAUGUUGUCAGAUUACUUGACAUUUGUGCUGGCCACCAUUCAAAACGUGAAACACAACUCAUGCUUGUGUUUGAAUAUGUUGACCAGGAUCUUGACGUGUUUUUAAAAAAAUGCCCCGACUCUGGAUUAGAACCGGAAAAAGUCACAGAUAUUAUGCGGCAAAUGUUGGGGGGUUUGGAUUUCCUUCAUUCCAUGAGGGUCGUUCAUCGAGACAUGAAACCACAAAAUAUUCUCAUCACCACAACUGGUCAAGUUAAAAUCGCAGAUUUUGGUCUUGCCAGAAUUUACAGCAUUGAUAUGGCACUAACUGAAGUGGUAGUAACUUUAUGGUAUCGGUCACCAGAAGUUCUACUACUUGACAGUUACGCAACACCAGUUGAUAUUUGGAGCGCUGGUUGUAUCUUUGCCGAGUUAUUUAAUAGAAGACCUUUAUUCCGGGGCACCGGAGAUGUGAAUCAACUCAAGAAAAUAUUCGAUUUCAUUGGUCGACCAAGUGAAGCAGAAUGGCCACUUAAUGUUGCUGUUCCGAUUGAUUCUUUCCCUCCCCAACCACCUAGACCUCCACAAAAGUUUGUUCCUUCUAUCACUGAAGAUGCUGCUGACUUUUUAAUGAAACUCCUUGUGUUUGAUCCUGGUAAGAGACUUACUGCACAGAGUGCAUUGCAACAUAAAUAUGUUCAGAAAGCAUCGACAUCAAAUGAGCCUAACUUUCUAUCAAGUGCAGUGAAUCAAGCUGUUAUGUAUGGUAGCACCAGCCAAGGGGGUAGCAGUUCAAGUCAUCGGAGACUGCCGUACACAAAGCAAAUGACAACGUUACAAAAUCAUGUUUCACGAUCAUAUGAUGAGAGAUAUGAUUCAUCACAUAGAGGAGUUGAUUGCCCAGACAGCUCACGAAGAUCACGCGUCACGCCAGCCAUGGAAAACAUAACAACCGAUGACGUAAAAACACCAACCAAUGACGACCAGAAACAAUCACUUGAUGAUCGUCUUUCUGGGAGAAGAAAAGACAAAUCAUCCUCUCAUUCUGCAUCACCAUCUCAACACCAUCAGGAUGAAUCAGAAUUCUUAACUCCUCCAUCAGAUCUUGCAUCUUCAUCAUCCGGAUUUAUGACUUCUUCUUCAUCAAGGUCAUCAUCCCCAUCUGAAAGUGGUGUUCCAUCGUUCGUAACAGAUUCAACCCAACAAUCAUCAACAUUUGAAGUUGAAACAUCGUUGCGUCGGUCAGUCACACCAGCGGAACGAAUAGACGAGGUACAACUUAGACCCAAAAAAUCGACAGACAUUGAUGAUCAAAGUCGAAUGUCAUGGGCGUUUGAGCCGAUAACUGACGCAGAAAGUCAGUUGGAAAUAGAAUCACAAAUACAGUCGAAAAAUCAAAUUACACAAUUUAAAACGCCAACUAAAACACCCACAUAUCAAAUGCUUGAGUCCGGUAAGUACGUGCCGUAUGUGACACAAAAACCACAUACUGAAGCCAGCCACGCUAUAUGUGGCCAUUCAUCACAAAGCUCAUAUAGCAGUAGUGAAGGAGAUUCGCAAGCAUCUCAACCAAGGCCAGAAAAGUAAAUUUACAUGUAUAGUAGGGUUGGGCAGAAUGAGACACUUUUUGUUCUAUUUUCUAGGCCCAUUCAGUAGUAAACAAAGAACAUUCAAAGAAUUAUAAAACCGUCAUCUCACGACUUCGAUAGGCCGUUGUAAUUAUUUAAUAUACGAUCAGGAUAUUUGGAUAUUAUGUGCUAAAAGUGUUCCGUCUCCCUCACCCUACUAUGUAUUGUUUUAAACUGCAUAUCAAUGCAAUCCUACCCCAAUAGUGAAAUUAGCAUGCAUGUGUUGUUUCCUACAAUUGUCUGCAUAUUAUUUCCACUAUAUGCACAAGAGGUUGCCUCUCUUAAUUGAACGUUUAAUUCCUAACCUCUGCUACACACCUCUGCCAUUUUUUGAGACCUCUCAAUGCUGCUACUUACUCACUGCCUUAAAUGUUGUUUAGUGUUUUUGUUUAGAUGAUUUGGUUAUUGAUGAAUUAUCCGAAUGAAUUUGAAAGUUCAUGUUAAUACAUUUAAGAAUUUAGUUCGUUGCUUUGUCAACACAAUGCAUUUCUGAUGAAGGAAAUAAUUUACCUUUUGUAAUCUUAAUGAAAACAAUCGAGGUGUAUUUUAUAUUUUACCGCCAUUGCUGCUACAAUAUUGUACUGUUUAAUAAAUUUACGUUUUCC